ACACAAUGGCCGCGUUGGCCAUCGUUGACACGGGACAAUGUCCUCUCAUGGCGAAGCGCAGUUGAGCGUGUUUAGCGGCAUUCUCUUUGUGUCGCGUAUCACCCCGUAUUUCGUCUCUCUGCUUUCCUAUCUUUAUUCACCGCCUGUUGCAAGGGAGAAAGCAAAAGACCACCGAACGAAUCAAAUGGCAAUGCUAUGUGCACCGUACGGUAUUGUUCGCCGCUGCAUUGUCCUUGGGUUUUGUCGAUUUCAGGGAAGCAAGCGAGACCUUCGGUGGAUUAUCGGGGAUGCUGCGUCAGAUACUUUCGCCAUCGCCCGAGACGGGGGACCCCGGUCUGCCCGUCACUUGUACCCUGCUCCAGAACAACUCGAUGUUCUCGAAUCAGUCAUCGAUGAUGCCCUCGACGUUCCAAACGAUCCCGUCCCACUUGCCAUCCAUCUGUUCCGACCAGGGUCUCAUGGACCACGUGCAGUUCGUCACCGAGUCCCAUCCCUGUUCCACGUGCGGCCUCGAAUUCCGAAGCACCCUGAAACUGAAUUACCAUAUAAGAACCAGUCACCCCGCUCUGCCGGAAUUCGAGCACAGUAUAGAGAACCCGAUGAGAUAUUCGUGCACCAUUUGCUCGCGGAGCUUCUUCGCUCUCAGCCACCUGAGAAUGCACGAGGUGACUCACUCGGUGCCGGCCACGUCCUGCGCCUCGGUCCCGACGAUAUCGACCUCGAUCAACGUCGAGAAGACGUUUGUCUGCGAUCGUUGUCCGGCCAGUUUCCGCUACCGUACGCUCCUAGAACGACACAGGAGGAUGCACGAGGUCGGCCAGGAGAAACCUUACUCCUGCCCUAGGUGUCUGAUGCGCUUCGAGACCCGAAAUCUGUACAAUCAUCACGCGAAAACUCACAAGCCCGUGCUAACAGGGAAUAAUAGAAUCACCGACACCGUUGGCUCUUCCGGUGAUCCGGUGACUAGCAGUAUUAGCGGCACCCUGACGACGUCCAAGUCGGUUGUCUCGUAUCCGUGCGACUCGUGCUCGAAACAAUUCGCGACGGUCGAAUCUCUGACCACGCAUAAGGCUGUGCACAGGUCCAGACCGCUCGUUUGCGACGUCUGCGGCAAAGGUUUCACACAUCGCAAGUAUUACGUGGUGCAUCAACGCAUUCACACCGGGGAGAGACCGUAUCUUUGUGCCAUGUGCGGGAAGUCAUUCACUCAGGCCUCCACGCUUACCGUCCAUCGGCGAUAUCACACGGGAGAACGACCUUACACGUGUACCUUGUGUGGUAAAGGAUUCGUCACCAGAACCAUCAUGCUGAAUCACAUGAAAAAGCAUUAGGAGACACCGUGGGUGCACACAGGUUGACGCAGUGAUGGGCUAAAGUUCGACGUUCAGAAAUUUUGGUUGCCUGGAAAUUUAGAGAAAUACCGAGUUUAUCAAGUUAUUAGAUUUUCAGGAAAUUUAGA